UCAACGCGGAGAGCGGAUCUGUCUCUUGUGUUCAAACCCUUUUCUUCGACGGAGCCCGACUUGGAGAAACGCAGGAGAGAGGAGAAGUGACUCUUCUCAUCCUGCGUGUCUGUGAGGACCCCUGGUCAUGUCCGUUUAGCUCCCCUGCGUGAUGCCUGAUCAUGACAGCACCACCCUCCUAAGCAGACAGACAAAGCGCCGACGUGUCGACAUCGGGGUGAAAAGGACUGUGGCCAGUGCGUUAUUCAGCCGCGCCAGGGAGACCCUGUUUGAAAGCAUGAACCAAUCACACGGCCCCGAUCAGGACGGCGACUGCUCGCUGGUAAGUCACGGACAUGGCGGCACCAACGGUGACGGAGAAAAGUCAAAUGUUUUGAGGAAGUUGCUGAAGAGGGCCAACUCGUACGAAGACGCCAUGAUGCCUUUCCCUGGUGCCACCAUCAUCUCUCAGCUACUGAAGAACAACAUGGGGAAGAAUGGAGGGAGCGACUCAGGCUUCCAGGGGAGUGGAGCUCUGUCCAGUGGAGGCUCAGAGAUCCACGCCGAGGACGCCUGCAGCAACUCCUCUCGCGACCGGGACAGCCCGUCUGACUGCCUCUCUCCUGGGCCUCCUCUUGCCCCUCCACCUUCCUCCUCCUCCUUCGGGCGACCACCGCCUCCUUCAAGCCUAAACUCCCACGCUGCGUCUCAGCCCCUCUCCCUCUCCACCUUCGACUUGGACAGGCUGUCGGACGAGCACCUUCGCGCCAAGCGUGCCCGCGUGGAGAACAUCAUCCGCGGCAUGAGUCACUCGCCACUGGUCCGGCCCAACGGCGACCACAACCAAGAAAGCAACCGCGAAAACGAAAAUUGCAGCAACGGCAGUAAUGACCACCGAAGAGACGGCAACAGCCACAACAGCAGCGGCCACAACCACAACCACAGCCGGAGCGACGGCCCAUCUUCCCUCCUGAGCUCCCCAGGCUCGCGGGGCGGCGUGGUGGGCGUUGGCGAGGUUUACAGGGAGAAUAAGAGAAAGCAGCGCCUGCCACAGCAGCAACACAGCUUCACCCAGCUGGUGUGUUCCAGGCAGGAGCAGAGACAGGAGGAGAGACGGCAGCUCAAGCUGCAACUGGAGGACAUGCAGAAACAGCUGCGUCAACUGCAGGAGAAGUUCUACCAGAUCUACGACUCAGAGACGGAGGAAGAUGAAGACAACGGCGAGAGCGGAGAGGCCGACCGAGGUGGAGAAAGGGAGGAGGACGGCAACUUGUCAGAGGACAGUAUCCGCUCCGACGGCCUGGAGGAGAGGCACAGAGACAGAGGGCGGCGAAGCAACGACGACCUGUCCGAGCUGGACCCGGGCCUGUUCCUGGACCGGGCCAGAGCCCUCCUCCGAGAACAGGCCCUGAUAGACGGAGAGAUGGAGGACGAUGUGGACGGCAGGGAGGAGGUGGAGAGGAACGUAGAGAGGGUGAUGAAGAGGAGAGAAAGAGGAGGAGGGAGGCAGUUAGCAGAGACGCUGAAGCAGGAGCUGAACUGCGCCGUGUCGCAGGUCGUCGACACCGUCGUCAAGGGCUUCUCCUCGCCCAAACAGGCCGUUAGCCACCAUCAUGGCUGCCACAGCAGCACACCAGCGGCACCAUCCUCUUCCUCCAACUCAUCCUCUUCCUGUCCUCCACCUUUCGGCCCCCUACCCUCCCUCACCCCUGACUCGCGCUUCGGCGGUGGCGCGCUAGCCCUCAGUAUGAACGGCGACGGCAGUCCCACCCCUAACUACCACUCCUCCACCCAGCGGCUGCAUUGCUUUGGCGAUGUCAUCGUCCCGAGCCCGCUGGAUUCAUUCGGCGGUUUGAGUGGCAGACUGAGCGGAGUGCCGACGUCCAACGACCAAACAGAGGCGCUGCCACUGGUGGUGCGCAAGAGCGGCGGAGGAGGUGGAGGGGAGAACACUAACCCCUCUCUUCCUCCUCCUCCUCACCACCCCUCCCUCCACCCUUCUCCUCUCACGGCCUCGCUCGGGUUUAGCCCUCCAUCCUUUCGCCACCCGUUCCCUCUCCCCCUCAUGGGUUACCCCUUUCAGAGCCACCUUUCACACGGAGGUGGAGGCGGCUACCCUCAAGGGCCCAAGGACCAUCAUCGGUCCUCCCCCGAUUCUAUGGACAUGACCCGGGAAACUGUCAGCCUCAGAACCAAAAUGGCGUCCCUGGGAGGGGGCCAUCUCAGUCAUCACCACCACCACCACCACCACCACAGGCAGAGCUCACCGGGCCAGCAUGGGCCGGAGGGUCUGUCCCUGUCCCUCAUCAAGUCUGAGUGCGGGGACCUGCAAGACAUGGCCGACAUAUCGGCGUACUCAGGCAGCACCAUUCAGGAGGGUUUGUCUCCCAACCACCUGAAGAAGGCCAAGCUGAUGUUCUUCUACACCCGCUACCCUUCCUCCAACAUGCUCAAAAUAUUCUUCUCAGACGUCAAGUUCAAUCGCUGCAUCACCUCCCAGCUGAUCAAGUGGUUCAGCAACUUCAGGGAGUUCUACUACAUCCAGAUGGAGAAGUUCGCCCGGCAGUCCAUCAACGAGGGUGUGACCGCCUCCGAGGAGCUGGUGGUGAGCCGCGACGCCGAGCUCUUCAGGGCGCUCAACAUGCACUACAACAAGGCCAAUGACUUUGAGGUUCCUGAACGUUUUCUGGAGGUUUCCCAGGUGACUCUCCGUGAGUUCUUCAACGCCAUCGUGGCCGGAAAGGACGCAGACCCGUCCUGGAAGAAGGCCAUCUACAAGGUGAUCUGCAAACUGGACAGCGAGGUCCCAGAUGUGUUCAAAUCCCCAAACUGUCUACAAGAACUCCUCCACGACUGACUAGGGAGAGGACGG